AUGACGCUCUCCAAGCACGUCAACGUCGAGGCACUGCUGCAAGCUGCAGAGGAUCAUCCUCACCUCGGUCUGCUCUCAGACACUGGCAGAAGCUCGAGAGCUUUCCACAACCUGCACUAUGGCAGGUAUCAAUCCCAUCCCAUUCCCAAGUACAAGCUGCCCGAGUCCGGCAUCGAUGGCUCAGCAGCUUACAACAUCAUCAAGGAUGAGCUCAGUCUGGAUGGAAAGCCCACGCUAAAUGUGAGUGAUGACAGGAAUGGUGCGCUCAUGCGGUGCUGAGCACUGCCAUUGCUCACUGUCCUGCUUUGUUCAUCUCACCGCAGCUGGCAUCGUUCGUGCACACUGCCAUGGACGAGCAUGCCACUCGUCUCAUGAGCGAGAAUGUCGGCGUCAAUCUGUGCGACCAAGACGAGUAUCCAGUGAGUCACCUUCAGUGCGCGCGCUCUUCGCGAUGACUUGGACGUGGACAUCAUGUGCCAGUCCUGGCUGACAACGCAAGUUUUGCCCUUUUUUUUUCCUUCUGCAGGCUACUAUGGCCAUUCAUGGACGCUGCAUCAGCAUGCUGGCAGACCUCUGGCACGCACCUCACGAGACUGAUGCAGAGGGCAAACAUAAAGCGGCACAGGGAGUAGCCACGACUGGAUCUUCAGAAGCGAUCAUGCUGGGAGUGCUUGCCAUGAAGAAGGUGUGGCAAGCCAAGCGCAAGGCUCAGGGCAAGAGCUUCAAAGAACCAGGACCCAAUCUCGUGUACGGAGCCAAUGCUCAAGUCGCCAUCGAAAAGGCUUCGAGGUACUUUGACAUUGAAGAGAGGCUCGUACCUACCAGCAAGGAGAGCCACUACCGCAUGGAUCCCACCAAGGCCAUCAACAUGGUCGAUGAGAAUACGAUUGGUGUGAUUGUCAUCCUCGGAAGCACCUACACUGGUGCUUACGAGCCCGUCGAUGAGAUGAGCAAGCUGCUGGACGAGUACGAGAGCAAGACGGGCAUUCACAUCCCCAUUCACGUCGACGCAGCCUCUGGUGGCUUCGUCGCUCCUUUCGCUCACCCUUCGCUUAAGUGGGACUUUAGCCUGCCUAGAGUCGUCUCCAUCAACACCUCUGGGCACAAGUUUGGCGGAGCAUACCCAGGUAUUGGAUGGAUUGUAUUGCGAAACGAAGAGGUGCUGCCAAAGGAGUUGGUCUUUGAGCUGCACUACCUGGGAAGUGUGGAGUACAGUUUCGGUCUCAACUUUUCUCGGCCUGCCGCACCCGUCAUUGCGCAAUAUUACAACCUGAUCCAGCGCGGAUUCGAAGGCUACAGGCUCGUGAUGGAGCAAGAUCUUCGCAAUGCUCGUUUGCUCUCUCGAGCGCUCGAGAACAGCUCUUACUACGAUGUUCUUUCCGACAUUCACAAGCCUGCAGGUGCGAUCGCUGGCGUGGCCAGCAAGGUCAGAAAAGCGGCUGGGGGUGAUGACAGCGCGGAGAAUUACGUCCCCGGCUUGCCAGUUGUUGCGUUCAAAUGGACGCAAGAGUUCCAGCAGCAGAAUCCGCACCUGGAGCAACGAUGGAUGCAAACGCUUCUUCGUGCCAAGGGCUGGAUCGUGCCGGUGAGUGGCGCAGCGCAAGGGCUUCUUGCGGUCUCUUGGCUAUCCCUGGCUGACCAUGUCGUCGUCCUCAUCUCUUCUUUCCCCCUUCCAGAACUACGAGCUGGCGCCAGACUGUCAGUCAAUUCAGAUCCUGCGUGUCGUGGUUCGCAGCAACUUGUCUGAAGACAUGAUCGACCAGCUGAUCACCGACAUCAUGUCCAUCACGGAGGACCUGGUCGACAGCAGCUCAGCCUCUGCACAUCUCGCCAAUGUGAUGAGCAAGCAGCAGCCUCCCCUGCAAUCUCAAGCUUCGGGCAACAACCCUCCCGCUGCCGCCGCCGCAGCCGCUGCUCAUGGCCACCAGCAUCAUCAUAAGCACAAGAAUAUCAGAAAGGAACCUCAUAGCCUUCCUGCUGGAAGUGGCAACGUGCCUACCGGCUACGCCAAACAGUGCUAA